UGAAUUUUUCCAAUCUAGGAAGCACCACUCUUAUAGUCAAGGGAACCAUGGAUCAUACUGCUGACCUGCCAAGGCAGGAGAGACCCAGCCUCCGUCUGGAAAAGCUACAGCACUGGGCAAGACACAGGCAAAGUGGACACCUAUUGGUGGUGGCGGUGAGCCAGCUAUGGCUGGCGACAGCCAUGGUGCCCUUUACUAUCUCCGUUGCAUGCUUGAGCUCUGCUUGUCAUAUGGCCACGGCACUACCACUCUGGCCUGGAGCCUCGGGUUUCCUCACUGGGAUUAUCACCCUUGAGCUUCGGAGAGCACCUUGUAUCUGGAAGGUGCGGGCCAUGAUGAUAUCCAACACCUUCAACCUGAUCUUGGGCUUCAUCGUGCUGGUGAUCGAGGUGAUGAAGACAGCAUUGGGAUCUGCCCGUAUUGCCCCCUCCCAGGUACUGCUGGGGGAGAACGGUACAGGGAAGAAAGGGCAGGAGAAAGUAGGGACUGUACCUCCCAAAGCAUCCUCACCCUGAUACCUGCAGUUGACAGGGUUACUGGUGCUAGAGCUCAGUGCUGAGGCCUUCACCCUAGGAGGAGUGCUGGUCUCAACAUAUGCCUUAUUCUUGCUGAGCCAGAGGAAGCCAGGAUGCUUCACAAGAUCAAGUCUGCACUACCAGGAGCUACAAGAGGGUCUCUCGGAGGUGGAGGAGGUUUCUGGUUUGGAGAAUGGUCCCGUGGUGGCUAGCACAGGAAACAACAGAUGACUUCACAUCUGCCUCAUCUCACUGUUUCCGUCUGUUCACCUUUUCACAAUCCCAUCCAUUCCGAGCCCGGCUGCUGCACCCGCCAACCCAGAAUCCGCGUCGGUUGUGCUCCAGGUCUCCCUUGGAUCCGGGUCCUGCCUAAUACAACGGAGACUACAAAUCCCAGGAUGCCCCGCCACCCCGUGACCUACUGGAAAAUAAAGAGCCUUCCCUCGGCGGCGGGGGCGCUGU